AUGAGAAUUACUGUGAAGGGAAUUUUUCUGUUGUGCACAAUUUCGCAAUCGGUCAUACUGCUGAUAGUCGUUCUCAUUUUCAAUUAUGUUGGAGACAAAACCUGGAUUGAUAAAAAUGAGUGGGGUUUUGUGGGCGCAGGUGCCUUCUUAGCCUGUGAAUAUAUUAUUUGGGCUGGGAUUUCAUACUUGCGAAUCCCACUAGCAGUUCAUAUCAUGUUUGCAGUUAUUACGGCAAGUCAUUUUCGUUCCACUGUUGUAUUUCAUGGAAUUUUGUUUUGA